CGUAAUAGAAAAAAAAAACUGGGUAGAGAAAAAACGCAGACUCGAUCUCUCAUUUUACAUUUCGGCGACAUGGCGGCUGACCACGAGCAAUUUAAUCAGCUACUAAGUACACUAUUAAGUACCGACAAUGAUGUCCGUACCCAAGCCGAGGAGGCUUACAAAAAUUUACCAAUACAAAGUAAGGUUACGUGGUUGCUCACCUCACUGUGCAAUGGACAUCUGGCCGAGGAAAUUCGCGCCAUGGCCGCGGUUUUACUGCGACGAUUAUUUUCAUCCGAAUUUAUGGACUUUUACCCCCAGCUGCCGCCAGAAGCACAAGAAGAAUUGAAGAAACAAAUUUUACUGUCGAUUCAAAACGAACAGUCUGAGACAAUAAGACGUAAAAUAUGUGAAGUUGUUGCUGAAGUUGCCAGAAAUUUAAUUGACGACGAUGGUAAUAAUCAGUGGCCAGAAUUUUUAAAUUUUUUAUUCCAGUGCGCUAAUAGUCCGAUUCCUGCAUUAAAAGAAAGUGCGCUCAGAAUAUUUACAUCCGUGCCCGGUGUAUUUGGAAGCCAGCAAUCUAGUUAUUUGAGUUUAAUCAAACAAAUGUUACAACAAUCUGUCAUGGACACUGCUAAUUAUGAGGUCCAGUACCAAGCAGUUCGUGCCAUAGGCGCUUUUAUAAUUCUCCACGACAAAGAGACCGCUAUACAGAAACAAUUUGCCGACAUACUUCCGGCACUAGUACAAGUGACAGCUCAGUCAGUAGAAAAACAAGAAGACGAAGCCUUGCUUAAGGUCCUAAUAGACCUGGCAGAAACGGCACCCAAGUUUCUGCGUAAUCAGUUGGAAACAAUAAUGGAAAUGUGCAUGAAAAUUUUUUCUAACAAAGAAAUGGGGGACAGUUGGCGUCAGCUUUCACUGGAAGUCUUGGUCACUCUGUCGGAAACCGCGCCGGCGAUGGUCCGUAAGGUAGGCGGCAAAUACAUCGUGGCUUUGGUCCCUCUGGUGCUAGAAAUGAUGACUGACCUUGAGGAUGAUGACGAGUGGACUAUCAGUGACGAAAUAAUUGAAGAAGACAAUGACUGCAAUAAUGUCGUUGCCGAGAGUGCUCUGGAUCGGCUCUCAUGCGGACUAGGGGGCAAGACCAUGUUACCUCAAAUUGUCGAAAAUAUUCCACGCAUGCUUUCAAAUUCUGAUUGGAAGUACCGGCACGCGGCUCUGAUGGCUAUUUCUGCUGUCGGAGAAGGUUGUCAUAAACAAAUGGAAGCCAUUUUAUCACAAAUUAUGGAGGGAAUCGUCCAAUAUCUUCAGGAUCCGCAUCCGAGAGUACGUUACGCAGCUUGCAAUGCCGUAGGUCAGAUGUCCUCGGACUUUGCACCGGUAUUUGAAAAAAAAUUCCACGACAAAGUUAUCCCCGGUUUACUGAUGGUUCUCGAUGACAACGCGAACCCGCGGGUUCAAGCUCACGCUGGCGCAGCUCUUGUUAAUUUCAGUGAAGACUGUCCUAAAAAUAUCCUCACGCCUUAUUUGGACGCAAUAAUGGCUAAACUCGAGAGUAUACUGACAGCUAAAUUCCAAGAAUUAGUUGAAAAAGGAACUAAAUUAGUUUUAGAACAGGUCGUAACGACAAUAGCUUCGGUAGCUGACACAUGCGAGGAGCAAUUCGUAGCCUACUACGAUCGUCUGAUGCCGUGUCUUAAGUACAUAAUCCAGAAUGCGAACCAGCAAGAGCACAAAAUGUUACGCGGAAAAACGAUUGAGUGCGUGAGUUUAAUUGGACUCGCAGUAGGAACAGAAAAAUUCAUAAAUGACGCGAGUGAGGUCAUGGAUAUGCUGCUGGCAACUCAUGCUGAGGGUGAACUUGCUGAUGAUGAUCCUCAGAUCAGUUAUUUAAUUUCCGCAUGGGCUAGACUUUGUAAAAUUUUGGGAAAACAAUUCGAACAAUAUUUGCCGGUUGUUAUGGGCCCGGUAUUAAAAACUGCGUCCAUGAAACCGGAAGUUGCUUUACUUGACAAUGAAGAUAUGGAAGGUGUUGAAGGUGACCUCGAUUGGCAGUUUGUUUCUUUGGGAGAGCAACAAAAUUUUGGAAUAAAAACCGCUGGUUUAGAAGACAAAGCAUCGGCUUGUGAAAUGCUCGUUUGCUAUGCCCGUGAAUUGAAGGAAGGAUUCGCGGAUUACGCGGAAGAAGUUGUCAGACUCAUGGUACCGAUGCUCAAAUUUUAUUUCCACGAUGGAGUUAGAACGGCAGCUGCGCAAAGUUUGCCUUGUUUACUCGAGUGCGCUCAAAUUAAAGGACCUCAGUACCUCGAAGGAAUGUGGGCAUACAUCUGUCCCGAGCUUCUAAAAUCAACAGACAGUGAGCCCGAGUCAGACGUUCUGCUCGAGCUUCUUUACUCCCUGGCCAAGUGCAUCGAACUUCUAGGCAAGGGAUGUCUCGACGCUUCUCAAAUGACCGAAUUACUUCGUAUCCUCGACAAACUUCUCAACGAACAUUUCGAACGUGCAGUCGCGCGUCUCGAAAAACGUAAAGACGAAGACUACGACGAAGUUGUAGAAGAGCAAUUACGUGACGAAGACAACGAGGACGUUUACACGCUCAAUAAAAUAGCCGACAUUCUCCACGCCCUCUUCGCGACUCACAAAGACACAUUUUUCCCGUACUUCGAUCAAAUUUGCCACCACUUUGUAAAAUUACUCGCGCCCGAACGUUCGUGGUCUGACCACCAGUGGGCGCUCUGCGUCUUCGAUGACGUGAUAGAAUUCGGUGGGCCCUCUAGCAUCAAAUACCAGGACUACUUUUUGCGGCCUAUGAUCUCUUACGUCUGCGACCCCUCCGCCGAAGUGCGUCAGGCUGCCGCGUACGGCUGCGGUGUUCUCGCCCAAUUCGGAGGUGACGCAUACGCUCCCGCAUGCGCGGAAGCCCUUCCCCGAUUGGUCGAAGUGAUAACGCAACCCGAGUCCCGUAACCCGGAAAAUAUAAAUCCGACGGAAAAUGCCAUCAGCGCAGUGACGAAAAUUUUGAAGUUCAACAGCAAAAUGGUCAAUGUCGACGAGAUGCUGCCUCAUUGGCUGAGCUGGUUGCCGGUAACGGAGGACGAGGAUGAGGCGCCACAUGUCUACGGAUAUCUGUGCGAUCUGAUUGAGGCGAAUCAUCCGGUUGUCUUGGGGCCUAAUAAUGAUAAUUUACCGGCGCUCAUUAGAUUCUUCGCGGAGGCGCUUCUUAAAGAGGCGGUGCCUAACGAUAAUCCGGUUAUUCAUCGGAUUGUUAAUCUUGUUAGACAAAUUCAGAGUAAUGGAACAAUGUUCGAAGGAUGUAUAAGGAUAUUAUCGCCAGAACAACAACAAGCCCUUCAUGAAGCCCUAAGUUUACAGCCUACUAAUUAAUUAAUUAAUUAAUAUUUUAACUUUUUUUUCCAUUCAAAUUUAAUUAUAAUUAUAUAU